AGUGGCGGCGGCGGUGUGGCAGACCGCGGACGGCGCGGACGCGCGUACUGUAAUGGAUGCCCGUCAGGGCCGAACUCUUCGAACUUCAACACCGACACUUCGACUCCGACAGAUAACCGUUCAAACCACGUUUUCGCAAGUUUUUGUGUAAAGCCUAAGGGGUAAAAGGUUUCAUCUGUGCAAAGUACCGCGAGUGCUAUAGAAAAUUGUGACUACGUUAUUUAGCAAUUUUUAAGUGCCUAUGCGUGUAGUAGAGAAGUGUUUGCGUUAAAUUGUGAAAAGUGAUAAAUGUGAUCAAAGUCAAAUUAACCUUAACAAAAAUUUGAACGUCAAUAUGAAACAAUAACUGUCUUUUUAUUUCCAAUGAUUGCAUCUACGUGAUUUAAACCAGAUAUAAAAUCUUCUACCCUGUUGACUCUUUGAGCGAGAGCAAGAGCAGACUUGUCACUUCCAAUUUGCCGAGAAAUAAAUCGUCAUUCACGACAUAUGCGAAAUCCCUCUUUCCGUGAUUUAUGAAGAAGAGUCUUGACUCCUAUUGAAAUUUUAACGAGUGACUUUGAGUUGGAUUCAUUUCGUUGCGCCUCUUUCAAAUGAUUCUUAAUAUGUACAUUUAUGCUGCACUUGAGUUUUAUUGCAACGGAUGGCUUUAUUUGUGUCUAAAUUUAUCUUUUGUUAGUUGAACUAAUCAAACUAAGUAUUCUAUAAAUAUAACAUCGAGACAGCCAAGUAUGUCAUUAAUGUUCUGUCUUAUAAUUCACAUUGAAUUUAUAAAUGUUCAUUCAUUUAGAAAUGGUCAAUAGAAUCGAAAUAUUUUGUCUCAUACCUAUUUUACUGGUUUUUUUUUCUUUUAAUAUUUCAGGCUAUAGAAGUAUCGCCAAAGUUUCGUUACUAUAAUUAUUUUCGUGGGUUUUGUAUUUUAGCAAUUCUAUUUUAAAAUGUGCGCGUUUGUACUUUACGAGAUUGGUACAUGUAUCGUACGUUUUAAUUUACGACACGUUUUUAUCAUUAUUUAUGUCUUGGUCCGUGUCUUGGCCAUUGGUUUACUGUAAACUACUCGUAUUUCUGUUGAAUGCUUUAAAAAUUUGUUUUGUGUUACUUUUUAUGUUUAUUUUCCUAACGUAAAAACGUUAACUUAAAAACCUUUACGUUUUUAAGUUAAUGAACUUAUUACGCAUAAAGCGUCUUAAUGUGUGGGUAAUGUGAGAUGACGGUAAGUUGUGGACGAGCUCAAGUUGUAUUGUUCUAGUGAUAAAUGGAACUCUAAAAUUUCUGUGUAUUCUUUUACAUGCCCUUACAAAUAGUUAAUGACUUAGCUUAAAACUUGUUAUUUGUCUUAGAUACUAUGACAAUACUUCAAUGAUGCUUCAUAUCGUUAAAUAUCCUAUUUACAACAGCGUCUUGCAGGCUACUUUUAAGUCCAAAGUAAUUGAUGGCGUUGGUUUGGUGGCAUUUCUAUGUCGAUCAUCAACUUUGUCGGUUUGAUAAUCUUUAUUUUUCAUAUGUAAGUCUAAGAAUUUAAUGUUUUUUUUUUUAAAUUUUGCAUUUCAUUCUUACCUGUGUAGUUUUAAAAAAUGUGAGUACUUUGAAUACAUAUAAUUAUUGUUACUAUUCAAUAGAAUAUAUUAUCUCCGCCUACAAUUCAAGUUUAUGAGUUCUUUAACAAAGAUAGUUAUAAACAAUUGGUUGGUUUGUGACAGCAUGGUUUUUCGUGUGGGUGUCGAUGUAGGAUAUUUUGAUUUCGUAAUUUUUCAUUGUUAGCCACAUGGUUUUUACCAAAACUGACAAAUUUUAAAUUCAAAUAUUUAAUAUGUUUUUCUAUUAUCCUAUCUUUAUUAUAUUUUCUAUAUAUAUAUAUAUAUAGUCUCGAACGUUGUCUAUUUGUAUUGUUCGUUUUGACACCUUCCUAAAUGUCGAUAUAGAAGCGUUGCCGCAUUCCUCAUACCUAAUGAAUUGGUGGAGUUCAUGUGUACGAAGUAAUUGCUAGCAGAUAGUUACGCAAAUCUGAUUGAUGAUAACGAUCCGUCGAAUGGUACCGUUACUUCAAUUUGGCCACCGUCCUGUCUGUUUGUACGUUCGUUCACCUCUAAAACUUAUAUAGAUAUUUCUGAUUUUUUUAUCAUUCGACGCCAUGUUGCAUUGAACUCAAUUACAUUUGUAUUUAUGUCUGUAAAAUCUUUUGAAUACACAAUACAUAAAAUAUGAUGCGUGUUGUUCACAGCUAUUGUUAUUUUUUAAAAUUGUGGUGUCUGCGCAGCGAGAACACGUCGCAUUAUAUAAAAAUAUAAUGGUGAAAUGUUGUUCAAACCAUAGCUGUUUUAGUUAAAUAUAAAUUGAUUUUUUGUUUGAUAAUUUCGGUGCUACUGAGGCGCAACCCAAUUCCGUCAAGAUGAUGCAAGGCCUGCUGGAAUCGCUCUACAGAAUCUACUCAGAUUGGCGCGCACCGAUGACGGACGAAACGGAGGCGGCGCGAAGGCGCCCGCCACCGCCUCCCCCUCGGCCCAACGGCCAUGGCACGCAGAUGAGUCCACAACAUGGGACCCAAAUGAGUCCGCAGCAUGUUACUCAUGUUAGUCCACAACAAGGUGCUCAGAUGAGUCACCAGCACGGCGUUCAGAUGAGUCCACAGCAUGGCGCUCUAAUGAAUCCACAGCAUGGCGCACACACGAGUCCAAAACACAGUGCUCAACUCGCCAUUCAACCUGUGCGACCACCGGAGCCGCGACCGCGAACCCAGCCCCCGCCGCGUCUCAUCCGACCGUCGGAACACCUCGCCAUAGUGGAACGCUCCCGCGAACGACGUGCACCCCCACUAACACCGACAGUGGCCGUGUUGCACGGGCCUCGGCCGUCAGUUCCAGUUUCCCAAACUCCCUCUUCCCACCAUACUGCUUUAGUUCCGCACGUACCUUCGCCUAUCCAUGGUCUCCUAUCUCACUAUACGCACCCAACUCCAUAUGUGCCGCCUCCUCCGCCCGCGUUGCGGCCACGGGCGCCCCCACCGAUGAGAAUGCCAGCGCCGGUGCCGCCACCCGUGAUGAGGUUGCCACAACCAAGGAGAGAUGCUCAGGUAAGCGAUAAAUAAUAUCAUCAUCAUCAUUAUCAAUAUUACAGCCCAUCACAAGUCCGCUGCUGAACAUAGCUACCAGCAUCCAUCGACUUCCUCCUGCAUAGCUUACACUAGAUAGUCAUUAAUGUGCAAGUUUCUAGUGCUCAAAAAUCUUUCUUUCCUAUCGGUUAUCGCUUCUUCAAACUGUGUAGCAGGUCUAUUCUUCAGCUUACUGUUCCGAUGUCGAUAAAUAAAAUUACCAAAUGAUGGUAAGUGAACGUUUUGACCCAUAUGCGCACAUACAUCUCCACAAAUAUAAAAAUAGAUACAAAAUGCAAAAUCCCCUGAGGACUAAGAUGGAAUGUUCUCGUCACUUACACUGUGGUCCUUCUCUGGUCAAGCCGAUUCAGUUUUCCUGCAGGCAUAAUACGGCGGCUCAGCAGUAGACUUGUGAAAGACUGUAUUGAUGAUAAUUAUAAUACUCUGGAUCGUUACUCUACCACAUAUUGUUUUCUAAUAAAUAAAAAUAUAAAUUUACUAUUUUAUUAAACUUAAGCCGAGCCAUUUUUUUACCAUUCGAACCAUCUUGUAUUAGCUGUCAUAAUAUAGCGGACAGCGUAAUGCGGGAGCCGGUUCGAUUCGUAACGGGCCGUCUGAUGCGUCGAGAAACUCGAUGCGCCAAGAAAAUGUAAAAAUGAUAAGCUGCAACACGUUGCGCCGACAGAUUCGAAAGUGCGCUUAAUUUACGUUCAGACGCAUGCCAUUAAUUGACACUAGCUGAUGAUGUAAUUGACGUUUAUUAAGUCUUUAAACGGUGUGUGUUUUCUUUUUUUUUAUCGAGUUUCGGGCCAGUUUCAGAUUUUAUGACAUUGAUUUAUAAAUUGCAUAAUGGAUAAUAUCACCGAGUUACGACAAAUCCAUCGUUAUAUGCGACAGUAGAAUUCAAGUGUAUUGAUAAGCUAAUAUUAAUGAAGAUAAUGAUUACGACGAUGAUCAUAUAUUACAACUAGAAUGUGUAAGUAUAUAUAUACGUGCACAAUUCAGUUGUAAUUUAUCGCCGUGGUAGUGGCGACGGAAGAGAAUGCAUAUAUACAAACACAUGGUAGUGAUUAUGUAUCCUGUAGUUGUCGUAUUGGUCACAAAGAGAAAUGAAACAGGAGAUAUACAGCAGCAUCUUCUUGUUAACAAAACAAAAUAAAAAACGCUGCAACUGUCGCAAACUUGACUUUUGAUAGGCUGUAAUAAAUUGUACAUAAUUAUGUUUUUUACCAUUUUAAGAAGUAUUUGUGUACAUAAACUGCUAAGUGAAAUGCCGGUGUGUUGCCGGCCAUUUAUAAAAGAGUAGGCUCUUUAAGGAUUGUUGUAUCGGUUAAGAAACAUCUCUGGUGGUAUCCGAUUCCACAAUGAAGUUUUGCAAGAAAACUUCUGGUAAAUCUCACACGGUCCCGAACGAUGGACCAUCUGAAUCAUUCAGAUGGUCCAUCGUUCGGGUUUAACAAACGAGAAAGUUUUAAACUCCACCACCAUUUUUACAUUUCUUGCAACUCAAUAAUAGUAUAUAGUCAUUAUUGAUUAAUACUUUUAGAUUAAAAAAAAAAUAACGAAUACAACUACAUAAUUUUUUUUUAUUAUUUCGGCGUUGCUACUCUAUAAAAAUCCUGCAUCAAAAGACUACAAACAAACACUUUAAUGUUUUUACCAUUUUGCUAAUGGACCUUC